GACGGCCGGCCGCUGCCUGGCCGGCCACCCGUCGUGCGUGACAUGAGCAUCCAGCUGCCGCGCGGGGCCACCUGCCUGCUCAUCGGGCCAAACGGCGCCGGCAAGACGACGCUCCCACAGGCGCCCGCUGCAACGCCUUCCCAUCUGUCCUGCCCCCUGCAGGUGCUGGGUGGCAAGCACAUGGUGCCAGAGGGAGCGGUGCGGGUGCUGGGAGACCCUCCCUUCCACGCCACGCACCUGACCAGCAGCGGCGCGCUGUCGUAUGUCGGCGGCAACUGGGAGCGAGACAUCGCCUUUGCCGGCUACGCCAUCCCUCUGGCGGGCGACAUCCCGGCGUCGCAGAUGCUCAACAGCCUGCCGGGCAUCGACCCAGCCAGGAGGGACAAGCUGAUUGAUGUGCUAGACAUAGACCCCAACUGGCGCAUGCACCUGGUGUCAGACGGCCAGCGGCGGCGCGUGCAGAUUGCCAUGGGGCUGCUGAAGCCCUUCCGGGUGCUGCUGCUGGAUGAGAUCACGGUGGAUCUGGAUGUGCUGGGCAGGGCCGACCUCAUGGCCUUCCUGCGGGAGGAGUGCCGCCAGCGGGGCGCCACCAUCGUCUACGCCACCCACAUAUUCGACGGCCUGGAGUCGUGGCCCUCGCACCUCAUGUAUGUGGCGGGCGGCCAGCUGCGUGUGUUUGAGCAGGCGGCAAACAUCCCGGAGCUGCAGCGGGGCCAGCUGCUGGCGCUGGUGGAGCGCUGGCUGCGCGAGGAGCAGCGGCAAAGGCUGGCCGAGGUGGCGGCGGGCAAGGGCAGCGGCGCAGAGGGCGGGGACAAGCUGGAGUUGGCCAGCUGGAACAACGGCUGGGCGUCGGGGCGGCUGACGUCGUCGCUGAAGCUCAGCAGCAAUGCCGUGAUGCGCAUGUGA